GGGCACGCGCGUGUGUCUUGCUUCUGGCGUACUGUGGUUCCUCGACUUCAUUCAGUCCCUCCCACGAGAGAUCAAGACCAUCUGGGGGUGCAAACUUUCAGGAAGCUCGGCACUGUACAUUCUGAAUAGAUACCUGUUCUUCGUAGGCUGGUCCCUGGCGGUUGUGUAUACUUUGCCAGGCAAGGCCGGAAAUGCCAGUUGUGAGGCUCUAGGAUAUGGCACAUUCUUUCUCCAAGCAGUAACUUGCGCUACAACGUCGUUACUCUUUGCCCUGCGAGUAUAUGUUAUCUUCUCGGAGAACAAGUCGAUCCUAUCCAUCUGCGGGCUCUUCAUCUUCACCCGUCUUGGCAUCAAUCUUUUCGUGAUGUCAAUUACUCCCAAUAUAACCACGGCAGGAACCGUCUGGUCUUUGUACUCUCGCUGCGAGAGCAACUUUGUAGAUGGACCGAUACUAGACCUCGCUAAUAGAUUGAACGUUGUGGAACCAUGUCUAGUCCUUGGUUUCGACACAUUCGUGUUCGCAAUGACCGUUGCGAAGACGUACGGUCAUGUCAAGGAAAUGAGGAGGUUUAGAACACCGAGCAUCGCGCAGUUGCUUCUGAGAGAUGGUACUCUAUACUACUUCGUCAUGUUCUCCUUGGGAUGUAUGCAAGCCGGAGUAUCCAUUAUUAGUAAUAAUUCAAACAGUGAACUAUCGAAUUCGACAGCAUACUUUGGUGUCUUUCUCGGUCCGUUCUAUAAUGUCGUCCCGAACAUGCUCGUCUCGCGGCUAGUUCUUAACCUCCGCGGGUAUCGAUCGCUUAAGGAGCUCAGUACGGCGUCCACCACCCCCACAGCAGCCGAAACACUUACAUCUAUCCCCGAGCUCUCGUUUGCGCCAUGCGUCAAUGACGAUCGUGGACAUGGUGGUCGUCUUCGUCGUUAUAGCGUGCGCGGCCAUGGGGAUGGUAGCCCACAGUACGACUACGAGAGCAGUAGACUGUGGGGAAACAUCGGAGCGCCGCUGGAGACUGGGUUUGGUGAUUAUGUCGAGGAGCCUUCAGUGCCGCUCAAGACGACGGGAGCAGGUGCCGGAACCGAACUGAUAGGGACAGGGAGGGAAGGCUACUAUGAGGCUGUUGCGGUUGGGAGUCCUGGUCCGCAUCAAAGUGAGAGGGGUGUGAGAGGAAGAGGACCUGAUACGAGAUAUUAUGAAGAGGACAUAGAGGCGGCAGGCGGGAUCCACAUGAUACCUCUUGGACGAGAUCGAGAUCAUCAUUCAAUUUCUUCUCAUGUCUCUUCCAGGCCUCUUUAGUGGUGCCCAUCUGCACGAAUGAGAAUCGUAACAGGUGUAAAUAUAUAAUGUUUGGUUAUUCUAGUCUUUUUGUGUCAG